UACUAAUAGUAAACUGGCAACUUUUAUAUGACACAGCUAUUCAACAGUUCUCUCCAGAUCAGUACCCUGCGUGGACUUGUGAUGGAUACAGCGCAUUUCAGUUAACUAACAUUUACUGAUUAAAUUAUUUUCAAUCUUUAAAAUCUAUUGAAAUAGAAGAUAUACAAUAAACAUCAUAUAGGAAAGUCAAAAUUAAAUAGAAUUCAAAAAUGAAUUUUUCUACGUCAGUGACUGAAAAAAUUAACGAAUUUUAUCUAUGGUCCUUAUCAGUCUCAGACGAUAGAACGAAAGGUUGGUUGAUGGUUGAUUCACCAAUGCCAACCGUAAUCUAUACAGUCAUUUAUUUCAUAAUCGUUGGUUUGGGGCCGAGAUGUAUGAAAAAUAGAAAACCAUUCAAACUCACUCCCAUACUGAUACCAUAUAACAUCCUUAUGACAUUAUUGAAUUUAUAUAUAGCUAUUGAAUUACUGGUGGCAUCUAGUCGUUUACGCUAUAGUUAUGUUUGUCAACCACUAACAUUUAUCAACAAUAAAGACGAAUUGAGGUUAUUAAAAGCUGUUUGGUGGUAUUACUUUUCAAAACUCCUCGAGUUUUGUGAUACAAUAUUUUUCAUUCUCCGGAAAAAGGAUAAACAGCUUACUUUCUUACAUGUCUAUCAUCAUUCUACUAUGUUCUCCUUGUGGUGGAUUGGAGUAAAAUGGGUGCCUAGUGGAUCUACGUUUUUGCCUGCAAUGGUAAACAGUUUUAUACAUGUACUUAUGUAUUCGUACUAUGCCCUGAGUGCCUUGGGCCCUAAAAUUGAAAAGUAUUUAUGGUGGAAAAAGUACUUAACUAUGCUUCAAUUGAUUCAAUUUACCACUGCGCUUUUUUUGGGUAUCCAUGGAAUUAAAUCUGGAUGCAAAUUUCCCAUGUGGAUGCAAUAUUUAUUGGUGAUUUACAUGAUUUCAUUUAUUGUGCUAUUUGGAAACUUUUACGCCAACGCUUAUGUUCAAAAGGAUGCUACAAAUAAGUCAGACGUCGAUAGAAAUUACAACUACACAAAAAUUGUGGCAUGUAAAUCGACAAAAAAUAAUUAACUUUUACUUUGUAUUUUUUUUUUAUUAUUAUUAUUAUAAACAAAAAGUGUAUAAAAACUGAAAACAAUUUAUAUUUAUUUUAAGAUCGUUUGUUUUGGAUUUUUUCAGCCUUGACUAUUGUAUUAAUCACAAACAAAAUUUGAGCAUAUAAUAUAUAAGCUACUUAGCUAAGGCAUUUAGUUACAUUUAUUAUGUAUAUAGCUGACGUAGUAUACAUUUACCGACUAAGUACAUUUGUGACAUGUUUUUAUAAAAUUAUAAACAGUUUUCUCCAUUGGUA